GCGUUCGGAGUUUCGGAGUCGCCGUCGUCGCCGAGACCGCGCAGACCACUUAAGUUAGGUUAGGUUUUUGGUCGGCACUAAUAAAUAAUAUGGUGUAUUAUUGAACAUUUUGCUCGCGACAUGUCUGUCAAGCUCUUGCGCUAUCUCGCCACCGAUCUUCUAAUUCCGAGGGGCCAGCAUGUUCGUUACGGCCAUCGGAUGCGAGGGAAAGCGCCGAUCUAUGCCCGUAACCUGCAGCAGCGUCUCGAGGAACUCAAUCGCAAAGACCCGACGAUAGAUUUCAAGGUGAACAUCGGCUACGCGGUGCCGAAAAUCACCAGACGUUCAAUAACGAGCGCUUGGUCGGACGAGAUCACAGCACGGAGGAACGACACCGAGCUGGAGAGAGCGUCGCGCUUCAGGAAGCUGUUGGUGGAUCUGCAGACGGUGAGGGGAGAUUGGCGGCAAACCGACGGGAUCUCUCACGUGCACAGACUGGCGAAGCACUACGGCGUCUACGACGACCUGUACGGUGAUGCCUACUUCAUGCCGACAGUCCCGCUGGACGUGAGCUACGAUCUAGCGGACGACAAGCUGGUGAGGGUUUACACUGGUAACGUGAUCAAGCCGAGCGAAGCUUCCAGGGUACCCGACGUGACGUACAACGCGGAGGACGGGUCGCUGUGGACCCUGAUAAUGUGCACGCCGGAUGGUAAUCUGACUAAGGCGGACAACGAGUACUGUCACUGGUUCGUCGGCAACAUCCCUGGGAAUCGUCUGAAGGAGGGCGAGGAACUGGUGGACUAUCUGCAACCGAUAGCGCCGUACGGCAUCGGGUAUUGCAGAUAUAUCUUCGUGCUCUACAAGCAGGAGCGUCGCAUAGAUUUCUCGGAGUACAAAAGAGCCAAGCCCUGCCUGAAUCUGGAGGAGCGUAAUUGGAGAACGUUGGACUUUUACAGGAAGUAUCAGGAUCACUUGACGCCUGCCGGUUUGGCGUUCUUUCAAUCGGACUGGGAGCCCUCGCUCAAGGAAUUUUACUACAAUACGUUAAAAACGAGAGUGCCGAUAUUCCGAUAUAAUUUCCCUGAACCGUUUAUAAAGAAACAGAAGUGGUUCCCCUUGAGGGAACCCUUCAAUAUUUAUCUGGACAAAUACCGCGAUCCUAAGCAGAUAAGAAAGGAGUUUCUAUUGAGGAAGCUGAAGAAGGUUCAUCCCUUCGACGGGCCGGAGCCGCCGAAGAAAUUCCCGUUGGCCCAUUACGAAGAGAAGUACAGACCUUCCUGGCUGAAAUUCGAGGUGAUAAAGAAGAGGCGUGGAUACGGUCGCGUCAACGAUCUCGAAGAAUACUAGAUUGAUACUUGAUGUGCCUCGAAAGCUUGUCUGCUGCGGUACUUGAUGUCUGCCCGCGUUGGAACAGUGACGUCGAUCUUCUCGUGUUCCACCAAUAGCCCUGUAUGUAAAUUAUAUGACUUGUACAGAGGGAGUCGAUAAAAUUGUCAAUUUAUAGAUGAAA